CCGAAACCUUAUUGAUCUCGCAAAAAUACCUUUUUCUGCAUCGCAAGUUUUUUAUAGAUUUUCGACAAUCAAUCCAAAUUCCCAAGGGUGCCAAUAAAGCAACCGGACACUGAGCACCGAAGUUGCUUCUCCGCACGCCCUUUCUCUUCCCCGCUCGCUCUUCAUCAUCUCAAGACGCCAUCCAUGACUGCCCCUGCAACUUCGUCUCGCAAGGCUCUGAGCAAGAUCGCCGCCAAUCGGUUGCAGAAGGAGCUGAUGGAAUGGCAGUCGAAUCCCCCCUCCGGAUUUAAGCACAAAGUCACUGAUAAUCUCCAAAAAUGGGUAAUUGAAGUCACAGGAGCACCCGAAACUUUGUAUGCUAACGAGAUAUAUCAGCUUCAGGUUGAAUUUCCUGAAAAUUACCCUAUGGAUGCUCCUCAGGUUAUUUUUGUUCAGCCUGCUCCUCUUCAUCCUCACAUUUAUAGCAAUGGACAUAUCUGUUUAGAUAUUUUGUAUGACUCUUGGUCCCCAGCAAUGACCGUCAGUUCCAUUUGCAUUAGCAUUCUAUCCAUGUUAUCAAGCUCUACCGAAAAGAAAUGCCCGGCAGACAAUGAUCGUUAUGUGAAGAACUGCAAGAAUGGGAGAUCGCCUAAGCAGACGAGGUGGUGGUUCCAUGAUGACAAAGUCUAAGGAAUCCCCAAACCAGAGGUUGAUAUGUCCCUUUUAAUUAAUCCCCCAACCCCACCCCACCAGACAGCAGCUAUUGAACAAACUAUCCCUCCUCAAAAGUGGCACCGCAAGGUGGAUUGUAUUGGGUGUACUUUUGUAUAGUGUUAACCUGACUGCUCUUCAUCUUUCAUUUGGCAUUUCUUCUUGAUUUUGCAUUUGAUUUGGCUCCUUCUCGCUUAACUAUUUUCCAUGUGUUAUUAUAUGCUUGGAAAACAAUAUUGGUAGCAAAAUGCGUACUUUCUUUCCCAAAUUUACCAGAAAGUUAUUACCCCCUCCAUCUCUGCGAGUUAUACCCCGC